UAAUUUCAAAGCCUUUUUAGUACAGACAUCAUAUUUUCUGAACUUUAAAUGCCUACCUGCCUCCUGACAUUGUAAAAGGAAAGUGUACACUCUGAAAACCCAGUUAUGCCAGAGAAAAAUUUUUAACUGCACUCUCCAGGUUCCAGUGCCAUCAUUUUCACUGCAGCAGUGGAGAAUAAACAGAUACCAGACAGAAAUAUUUCCUGUCAGCAAAAGAAGGUGCCUGCAACUUGUAAAGCUCUGACCACUCAAGGAAUCCUGCCAUAAAUGAACAACUCAUCAUGUCUUCAGCCAUCGCCAGCUACCACCAUAGCUCUCCCCAUCCUCUACUCCUGCCUGUUUCCCACUGGAAUCUUUGGGAACAUUCUGAGUGCCUGGAUAUUUUUACGUAAAGUGCCCACCAGAAGGACUCAGUACAUUUACCUGACCAACCUGGUGGCUGCCAAUCUGCUGGUUUGCAGCACCAUGCCCUUCCUGGCUGCCUACUUUGCUGGGGGGCACCGCUGGCCCUACGAGUCGGUGGCGUGCAGGAUCGCCCAUCACCUGGGGACGCUGGUGAUGCACGUCAGCAUGUAUGUGACCAUCACCAUCCUGUGCUCCACUGCCCUCAGCCAGUAUGCCACCCUGAAGAAGAACUGUGGCCCACAACACUCCCCAGCUCUGCCAGGAACCCUCCACGGGCGCCUCCUGCACGAGUUCCGGCGGCCAAAGUUCGCUAAAUAUUUGUGUGCUGUUAUCUGGCUGAUUGUGCUGUGCGUUACAGCCACAGCCAUCACCUACAACGUCCAGGAGAGGGUUUCAGGAGAGUUCCCCACGUGCUACAACAUCAAGGUAGAAGCUGGUGAGCGUCCUGCAAUGAUUGCAGCUUAUCUUGCCACUGUGUGCUUCUUUCUGGCUUUUAUGACCGUUUUGUGGUCGUACUAUUCUCUUACCAGACAUCUGAGCAGAAUACAAAAAAACACCUGCAUUGGAGAAAGACAUCUCAUUUACAGAACAGUGAAAAGAAACAUUCUUGUCAUCCAGAUGAUAUUAACUGCCUGUUUUCUUCCAUAUCAUAUUUUCAGGCCAAUUUUCUAUGGAUUUCUUACAGAUAAUGACUGUCCAAGAUUAAAUUAUCUAGUAGAAAUUAAAAAUGUCCUUACUUGUCUUGCUGCUACUAAAAGCAGUUUAGAUCCACUUAUAACCCUUCUGUUAGAUAAAACAUUUAAGAAAAGUUUUUAUGCCCUGUUUACAAAAUCCACACCAGAAGAUCAAAAAUGUAAUGAUGAUAUUUUCACUGAAAUGGGAAGGAAUAUAGAAAGAUUUCAAAAGACUAUAAAUAAUAAUUAACUAAUUUAAACCUUUAGGCAAGCUUUGAUAUAAAAUGGCAAAUAUUUAAAUAAAAUGGUAACAUAUUGCAUUUCCUUUUCAAAUCAUCCUGCUUGCUGCAUCAACAUUGGUCAUAAUAAAUCCUAUGUGUACAUCCAAAUGAAUCCAAGUUUGUAGAGUGAACAGUGUAAUACCCAUUAAUCCAUGUAAUACAAAAGAUGUUUUACAUUUGACCUAUGGACACUUCCUUUUACCUAAAAAGUGAAGGAAAAAGGCAAAAACUAGGCUGGAG